GGGCGGCUUGUGAGGCGGAGCGCUGAGCGGCGGUCGUAGUGCGAACCAUGGGAGGCGGCUGGUGGUGGGCUCGGGCCGCCCGCCUGGCCCGAAUACACUUCCGGGGGCUGCCGCUGCCGCCUCCGCGGCCCCGGAGCGGGGGCGCCCGGGGGUCCUUCGCCCCUGGUCACGGCCCCCGCGCCGGGGCUUCGCCGCCCCCCGUGUCCGAGCUGGACCGCGCGGACGCCUGGCUCCUCCGGAAGGCUCACGAGACAGCCUUCCUCUCCUGGUUUCGAAAUGGCCUCCUGGCAUCCGGCAUCGGGGUCAUCUCCUUCAUGCAGAGUGACAUGGGUCGGGAAGCUGCCUAUGGCUUCUUCCUGCUGGGUGGCCUGUGCGUGGUGUGGGGCGGCGCCUCCUACGUGGUGGGCCUGGCAUCGCUGCGGGGACCUAUGCAGCUCUCGCUGGGGGGCGCGGCUGCAGGCGUGGGUGCCGUGCUGGCCGCGGGCCUGCUCUGGGCCUGCGCUGUCGGCCUCUACAUGGGCCAGCUGGAGCUGGACGUGGAACUGGUGCCUGAGGACGAUGGGACGGCCGCUGCGGAAGGCCCGGAUGAAGCGGGACGACCACCGCCGGAGUGAGCAGCAGGGCCAGGGGGAAGGACCAAGGACCUGAGGCCUGAAGCUGCUUCAGACUGGGGCCAGGGUCCAAGGACCAGGACAUUAAACCUGACCCUUCCCUUC